UAAAAAUGGAGAACAAAAUACUACUCAAAAGAAAAGAAUUCUUAAACCCUACUAAGGACAGUAAAGGGACACGAGAGAAGUACUUGGUUGAUCUCCGCAAGAAGAAAAAGCAGGAUAUUUUCAGAGCAAAGAGAGCUAUCCGGAUUCUGGAAAAGAAUGAUGAAGAAGCGCAAAAAGAUCUCAGAGUUACUGACACUGGUAUUGUUCAAUCUGAUGGAGUCCUCUCUGAUACUAUGCAAGAGUAUUCCACAAUUCUUGAGAAAAUGUGCCCUUCUUUGUUCCAAGAUACUGAUAGUUUGGGUGGAAAACUUCAAAUAGUGAAAGAAGCAUUAGAAGCUGAUGAUUUAGAACCCAAGGUUUACAUUGCUCUUUGCACAUACAUUAGAAUUCUCUGUUGUAUAGGGGACCUCAUACAUAUAGAAGAUGUAAUUAAUGCAGAGUUAUUUCCUCUGAUUAUGAAAAUGGGGUCUGCUGAAUCAGUCACAGAGUUAAUGAUAGAAAUUACCUGGAUUUUGGUAAACAUCACCUCAUCAGAGAAUAAAGAGAUUUAUGAGUACAUCCUUCGUCCAGAGUUCGGUCUCAUCUCUUAUUGUAAGACAAUGCUGAGAAAUUCUGAAGAGAAGGUUGUUACCAACACUCUUUGGAUUUUGGCCAAUAUUUCCCAAGAAGGAGCUCCAUAUGAUGAAAUUUUAGACACAGAUGUGAUCGAUGUAAUCCAAGAAAUUCUAAAUUCAGCAAAAGUUACCCUCAACCUGCUCAGAGUAAUUGCUCAUUGCCUAUCUAACUUAGCCAAAUGCCCUAAAAGAAAUUUGGAAUUCUUGCAUAUUUUGAUAGAAAAUUCCGCUACAAUUCUUUACAUUCAGGAUGAAGAAGCCCAAUUCGAUUGAAUGUUUUGCUUAAAAAUCCUCACCGAAAGAGAAGAAUAUGAUAAAGAAUUAGAGUUUGAAAAAUUAAAAUCUAUUCAGAACAGUAACAUCUUGGAGAGAGUCUUCCAGUUCUUAGAACCAGAAAAUAGAUCAUUCAACGUCUGCCUCAGAGUGCUCGGAAAUUUAUGUAGCUCUGAAUGACCAGGUAUACAUAAUGCAAUUCUAAAGCAAGGAUUCUUCCCAAAAGCUUCAGAGUUAAUCAGCCAAAAAGAACUCCACCCUCAAAAGCAGAAAGAAUUAUUCUGGAUUACUUCUAAUUUAGUGACCUGUGGAGCUGAAUUAGCUUACGAAUACUUCUCCUCAACUUUCUUCCAACAGACACUGAAGUAUAUCGAAGAAAGACCUUACAGCGAUAUCAAAAGGGAAGCCUGCUGGUGUAUCUGAAACCUUAUUGAAAGUGCCGACCUCGAAUUAAAAAUGGAUUUAGUUUCUAAAUACUCUAUCCUGACUCUUCUUAACAUCAUAUUGAAAGAAUCUCAAACGCAAGGAAAACUUAUGGAGGCGAUACUGACUGCUAUUUCUCGAAUUCUAGAUACAGCAAAGCAUUUCCAGCAGGAUGAUCCUUUCCACCCAUUGUUCAAUUUCCAAAGUGAAGGAGGGACAGACAUUCUUGAAGAACUUCAGCAUUCUCCUAAUGUGCAGAUCUUUACUCUUGCAAGCAAUAUUAUUAAGACACAUUAUAGCACUGAAGAUGAAGGUGAGGUGUUCUCUGAGCCAAAUUAGAGAACCAUAUUCCAUUUGGAAGCGAAAUUUCAUAAAACGGUGAUAAUUAUUAGCUAAUUCAAUCUU